UAGCGUGCACAAUUAUUUUUGAAUUUCUAACCUGAAUAUCGGUUGAACUGGCGCCAACUGACAACAGGACACAUUUUUAACGUUUUUAAUUCGUCACGUGUGGAUUUUUUAAGAUUUUUACUGCUUAAACCUUAGAAAAGUAUGGAUUCAUAUAGAGACACUACAAUCAUCUCAGAUGAUGAAGAAUCUAGUGUUGAAGAUCCAAGUGAAGAUGAUUCAGAUUCAGAAGUUGUCGGUGCUACAAACAAGUUUAGAAGGAUAAAGCGGAUUAUAUCAUCAGACUCUGAAAGUGAUGAAGAUAAAGAAAAUGUAAACUUAAACUCAGAAAUUAAUAAAAAAGAUGAUGCUAAAAAUACAUCACAAGCAGCUAAGGUUGAAAAGUCAUUCAGGGGUAAAACAAGUUUAAGUAGAAAUUCUACUCUUUCUAAACCUAAUUUAAUAACAGAAGAAACUGAAGAAAAUGAAGAAGAAACAGAAGAAAAUGAAGAAGAAUCAGAAGAAAAUGAAGAAGAAACAGAAGAAAAUGAUGAAGAUGCAGGAGAAGCUCAUACAGAUGAUAACAAUGAAUUUAAAGACUUUUUGAUUAAUGACAAAUUCAACUCCACUACUUUUGUUGAUGAGUUUCAAUUGAAAAGUUUUCCAGUAACUCCUGCUCCUCCUUUGCCAGAGGAGGAAGAGGAACUCAUGCAGUCAAUUUAUGAACAAGCUACUUUGAUAGAACCUUCUGUGACUACUAAUUCACGUCGAUCAAGUAGGAUUUCAGGCACAUUGUCAAAUGUAAAAACUGAAUGUAGUGAGGAAAUAAUUAAUUCCACUGUUGAAUCAGUAAAAGUAAUAGAGGAUUCUGUAGAAGAGAUCAUUAUUAGUGAUUCUGAUUCUGAGGCAGUUUCACCACAGAAAAAUUUAAUGUUUAAAAAUAUGACUCCAAAAAUUAAUACAACUAUUCGGCAAAUGACUCUGCCGCAAAUGUUGAAAAAGGAACCAUCAUUGGAAAACUCAGCAACGAUAGAUUCGCCGGACAGCAGUCCUGUCAAGAAACAGGUUUCUAGGAUGGAGUAUGUACAACUGAAGCAAAACCUUGAAGCGCUUAAUCUUGAUAAGCGCAAGUUAGAAAUGGCUUUGCGAACUAUUCAACUAGAUAAGUUACCGGACAGUGGCCGCGCAUUGCUAAACAAACAAAACGAGUUUGAAUUGAAGAUUAAAGCAGCACAAGAUCAACUGUCGCAAGUGGAAAUAAAGGACGAGCCGCCACCACCAUUAACAUGGGGUGGUAUCGAGGCUGGAACAACUCAAGUACAACCGCGCACGUUUGGCAAACAAGCUAUGCAAACAUAUAACACUGAAAAAUCGCUCACUCUCGAUCGUUUACAAAAUUUACAUGGUUCAUUGAAAACCUGCCCGACGCCUGAAACUUUGGCGGACGAUCCCAAGGGACUGAAAGUAGAAUUAAUGCUGCAUCAGAAGCAUGCACUGGCAUGGUUACUCUGGCGGGAACAACAGAAACCCGCUGGCGGCAUUCUCGCUGACGAUAUGGGUCUUGGUAAAACUUUAACUAUGCUUUCCCUGGCAGUAGCUCAUAAUGAGCUGAAUAAAACAAAGGAGGAGUCUGAGUCAGAGGACGAGAAUGAAACUGAAGAGGAGCAAAGGCAGUUUAAAUACAAUGGAGGAACUUUAAUUGUUUGCCCUGCCAGUUUGUUAGGUCAAUGGGUAAAUGAAAUCAGCGAUAAGUUUGAAUCUGGAACGCUUUCAGUAGAAACAUAUCAUGGGGCUAAACGAGAAACAAAAGCGAAACGUUUGUCUAGGUAUGAUGUGGUUGUUACAACGUAUGCGAUUUGUCAGUAUGAAGGCGGGUCGGAUACGCCGCUUUAUCGCGUAAAAUGGGAGCGCAUUAUUCUCGACGAGGCUCACCAGAUUCGUAAUCAUAAAAGUAAGACUUCCCUCGCCGUAUUUCGUCUCGGUGCUAAACGCCGUUGGGCGUUGACAGGCACACCUGUACACAAUAGGGAGAUGGAUUUAUUUGCAUUAUUGAAGUUUCUGCGCUGUUCACCGUUUGAUGAUGUGGCCAUUUUCAAGCGUUGGAUUUCGACAAAGAGUGGCGGUGGUCAUCAAAGGUUGCACACUGUAUUAUCGUCCAUGUUGUUGCGUAGGACCAAGGAACAAUUGAAAGAAAUGGAGCAAUUAACGUGUCUGCCGGAAAGAGAAUGGCAAUUGGUCGAAAUUACUAUGGACAAGGAUGAGUUGGAAGUGUAUCAGAAAAUUCUUCUAUUUUCCAAAACACUGUUCGCGCAAUUUUUACAUCAACGCGCUGAAAAGAACGCCGACGGAAUGGAUUUUAAUACACCCAAACUUAACGACCCUAGCAAUGAAUAUUACAAAAUGCAUAAGAAGUUGGUUAUGAUGAACAAGCUACCAGAGGUAAAGCAAUCCGAUAUUUUGGUCUUACUGCUGCGUUUGCGGCAGAUUUGCUGCCAUCCGUCCUUGAUCACCGCCAUGUUGGACACUGUGAGUGAUUUAGGUGAUGUUGAGGGGGAUGCAGAUAUGUCCAUGGACUUGCUCGAUCAGCUAAACAAGUUGAAUAUUGAAGAUCACGAUGAAGGUGCACCUGAGAAUGCAUUGGAUACAGGCGGAGCCAAUGCUGGAAUUGGAUUGGCUGAGGCUUCACGUAAUUUGCUGAAUCCUUCAAAUCCUGUAUUUGACAAAGGACGCCAAAGCGCAAAAGUUCGCGAGGUAAUUAAGGUCAUACAAGAAAAGAUCAUUCCUGUGGACGAUAAGGCAAUUAUCGUUUCGCAGUGGACCUCGUUGCUCCAUCUAAUGACACCACAUCUUGAUGCAAUGGAUAUCAAAUACUGUCAUCUGGACGGCACCAUUCCAGUAAAAUCUCGCAGUGAAAUUGUAAACAAUUUUAACAACCCGAAAUCAGGCGUACGGAUAAUGUUAUUGUCUUUGACGGCUGGAGGAGUCGGUCUUAACUUGGUUGGUGCGAACCAUCUCUUUUUCUUGGACUUGCAUUGGAAUCCACAGUUAGAGAUGCAGGCGCAGGAUCGAAUUUACCGUGUGGGUCAGCGCAAGAAAGUUUUUGUCUACAAAUUUAUGACAGUGGAAACUAUCGAACAGAGAAUAAAAUGUCUGCAGGAUAAGAAGAAGGAAAUGGCAGAGGCUAUGCUGAAGGGUGCCAAGAUGCAGCAUUCGAAACUAUCAAUGGAUGACCUGAAGAUGUUGUUUAACAUGUGAUCCAUAAGAAAUGUAUAAGUGAAAGUUUUUAUAAUAUAAAUAGUUUAAGAUAUCCGUGAUUUGAUAAUUUUAUAAUUUAAGGUGUUUUAUAUGUACAAUUUGAAAAUACAGCCAGUUUGGAAGUGUA